ACAAAUAUAUAACGUAAAGGAAGACUAUAUAGAUAAUGUAUUUAAUAAUACAUGCGUACAAAUGACUAAAAAUAAGAUUUAUUUUUCUUGUAACAGUAAACUUCUUGCUUAUAAUCGCGCAGAGAACGGUACCAUUGAAACGGGUAAAAAGAUUCUGAGUACUGACAACGCUUUGAUUAAAUCUUUUGCUCUUUGCGAUAAUUAUAUUAUAAGUGGCGACAUAAAUGGUGUUAUUAACCGCUGGAAAAUUAGGAAUAAUCAAAAUGAUUUUUUUUUUGAACGUUUAAAAAUACAUAAUCUUCAUUAUGAAAUCCAACAAAUAAACGCAACAUUGCAACACAUUAUAGCUGGUUCUGGAAAUUUAAUAAAGAUAUUGAAAUAUACAGAUGAUAGAAAAGGUUGUACGGUAGAAAACGAAAUAUUAUGUGGAGGCGCCAAAUCUUAUAUGCAAUCAAUCUCAUUUGACCCUAUAGGAACAAAAUUUGCGGCUAGUUCCGUUAAUCAUACUGACUUUUAUUGUAAAUCGUCGUUUCUAAUUUACGAUAUUGAUAAAAAUUAUCAGGUAAUAAAUAAAACAUGUGAUGAUUGUUGUCAGCAACUACUAUGGGAGGAUCCUCACACUAUUCUCAUGUGUUUUGAAAAUUCUAUUAAAAAAAUGGAUAUAAGAACAUUCGAUAUUGUACGUACAUGGGAUUCUUUCAAAUAUGACCGUUUAUUCUGUUGCUCAUCAGAUAAUAUGUACACUUUUAUGACGGGGCAUCGUAUGGUUGUUCUAUGGGAUCAGAGACAGAGUGUUACCAUUCAAACGUAUGUUGUGGAUAAAAUGUAUUCAGGUAUAAAUUCUCUAGAAUUUGACAGUACCCAUAUGUAUGCUGCUACAGAAUAUGGUCUUUUUGAAUUGAAUUUUGCGGGAAAAGACCACUUUGACCAUAAAGAAAUAAAAAA